AUGGAAGGCCUCGGCCGCCUCCAUUCAGGACCCGCCUACGACGUCGACUCGCUUGCCGUCUCCGGCCGUCACGGUUAUGAGGUCGAGGCGGCCAUUCGAGAGCCUCUCGGGUCCCUGUCUCGAGCUCGGGCUCGGGGGCAGGCUCGACUCCGGCCUCGAGCCUCAGUCGACAGUUGCGACAAGCCCAAGCCGGCGCCCGUCGACGUCUGCGUCUACUCCCUCGAGGGGAGUGAGUCGCUUGCGCCCACGGUUCAGCUUCUGCUCGAGUCCCACCGCAGCAGAUGUCCACAGGCCGGGCUCGACCAGCCCCGUCCGGCCGCCCUCUUCGACGCCAACUCGUCGCCAUCGGAAUCGCCAUCUCCGUCGACGUCGCCGUCGCCGUCGCCGUCACCGUCUCCCACGGCCCUGCCCACGUACCCUUCCUUCCCGCCGGCCCGCCUUUCGGUCAGCCAACACCUCUCGCAUCAGCUUCACCUGCCCCCCUCCCACUCCGCCUCACCUUCGGCCUCGGUUUCGCCAUCCUCUUCUUCGCCGUCGCCCUCGCCUUCGCCGAUCGCACCCUCCGUCUCCUCACCACACCUUCACAUGCCUCUCUUCCCGAUCCACCCAAGUCUGCCGGCUCAUCUGCCCUUGUCACAGUUCCCGCCACCCCCUUCACCCCUUUCCUUUGCCCCUGGCCUCCAUUCCCAUGCACACACCCACCUCAUUUCACACUCUCACGUCCUGCCCACUUCGGUCUACGGCCAACCCGCCUGUCAACCACAUCUCGCCUCUGUGCUGCAAGCUCAUUCCCACCCUCACAUGCAUCCACAUCCACACACACAACUUCAUACACCAGCACCAGCCACCAUCAGUCACUCGUGUGCGUUGGCCCACCUGCAGUCCCACCCCCCUCAGCCACACCCGAUGGCCCAAUCUCCCUUCCAAUUUGCAUUCCAACCCCAACUCUCGCCUCUCGAUGCCGCCUCCGCUGCUACGGAACCCGGUGUCCUCACCCUCCUCAAGCUGUCCCCCGGCCCUGUUCGCCCCUCAGAGACGGUCGUCAUUGGCGACCGCAACGUCAACGGCAACAGCAACGGCGACUGUGACGGUGACGGUAACGGUGACGGCAACCGCAAUGACAGCAUCGCCUAUGAGGACCUUCCGAGCGAUGUGCAAGACCAACGUGCCUUCUCCGGCCAGGCUUCCCUGCUACCCAACGCCGUCUCGCCGAUGUGUGUUACGGUGAGUGUUGACAUGCCUUUGCUUUAUGCCAUUAUCCCUCCUCUAAGCCUGCACACCGACGAACAAGACUGCCUCAAACAUGGGAAAGAGAGAAUGGCUGGUCGGUCAAGUUGGGUCCACGAAAGUACGACUUGUCCGCUGAGAUGGCUGGAUGGCUGGCUGGCUGGUUGGCUGGCUGGUCGGUUGGCAAGCAGGCAAAUUGGAAAGCCUGAUUCCGAACUAUCCCACACACACACACAAUUGAGGGGAAUCUGCCACCUCUUGCGUAUCAAUUUAAUCUGA